AUGAAGAUUUUCUCCAUCGCUGCCGUGGCGGUCCUUGUCGACAUUUCAGUCUCAUUUCACUUGAUUGAUGAUGAUGAAACCUUUGGAUAUUAUCCAAAAAUUCCUAUUCUUAACUCGAAAUUCGGGAUGAAGUGUCAAACAAAUAACUUAUACAAUGCAGAGACUAUCAAACAGAAAGUUGAUGAGGCGCAUAAUAAUGUCCGAUCUAUUACUCGACUGGAACAAGGCACCUUUACCCGUUUUCCUAGAGUAGUUCUCUACAGUUACUUUAUAGGACAAACUUACGAUCCAGAACAAGAUUAUCACCCCUCCAAUUAUAUCCUUAUCGACUCCACCGGGUCAUUUGUGGCCGGGAUGAAAUCAUGCGAAGCCAAUGACCAAGUGCCCUACAGAGUAUGUAUGUUUACGGGGGGGACUGAUUACACCCGUUACGGAUAA